CAGCUGACUCAGUGAGUAUGAGUGUGUGCAGGAAGGGGCUUGUCACCUAGCUCUGGGCUGACUCUAGAAAGGAGUGGCCUGCUCGGAGAGCUCAGGGUCCCCGGAAACUCCACUCUGGGGUGGCAACAGUGGGCGGUAGGGCAGGGGAUUCAGGCCCCACCCUGGAGAGCCAGGCAGCCAUCGCAGAAGCUGACUCCCCCCAUUCCCAGGCCUCACAGCUCAUGGGGCCCCUCUCCUCCUGGGCAUGCUACCCCUCACCAAGAGGUGAGUGGGUCAGGACGGAGAGUGGCAGGAAGGUAGGGCUAGGGCCCCCUCUCUCCCUAUCCAGCCUGAUCCAGGCCUGCUGAAGUCUGAAAGGCAAAGACAGAAUAAGACCUGGCCUGCCCUCUGGAGACCAGUACUGAGAGCCUAGCCUUGGGACAAGCUUGAAGCCCGGAGCCUUCAGAGGUGAAGGGUGAGGCUUCCCUCAGUGGGCGCAGGCCUGCAGGACAUCUGGCCAUUCCAGGGCGACAGGUGAGGGGCAGUGGGAAAGCCAGCACUCUGGGUCUCUGCGCCUGCCCUUGCUGGCUGUGUGGCUUUGAUGGUGUCACGGAAGCGCUCAGAGCCUCGAUUUCCACACUGGCCCGAUGGCAAUGGCUCCAGCUCCCCUGCAGAGCUGACAGGAUGGACCAGUGUGGAGAUGUCAUAUGUGGGCUGUUCUGUUACAGGAGGAAGAGGAUGGGAGGGCUGAGCCCCAGCCUAUGGACCAGGCUGCUGCUGGUGGCCCUGCUGAGCGUCAGCUUCCCCGGGCACAUGGGGAACCGCUGCAAGAAGGCUCAGGUGAAGAGCUGCACUGAGUGUAUCCGCGUGGACAAGGACUGCGCCUACUGCACCGAUGAGAUGUUCAAGGAGCGGCGCUGCAACACCCAGGCAGAGCUGCUGGCUGCGGGCUGCCGGCAGGAGAGCGUGGUGAUCAUGGAGAGUAGCUUUGAGAUCACAGAGGAGACCCACAUUGACACAAGCCUGAAACGCAGUCAGGUGUCACCCCAAGGACUGCGGGUCCGGCUGCGGCCAGGAGAGGAGCGGCACUUCGAGUUUGAGGUGUUUGAACCCCUUGAGAGUCCCGUGGACCUGUACAUCCUCAUGGACUUCUCCAACUCCAUGUCCGACGAUCUGGCCAACCUCAAGCAGAUGGGGCAGAACCUGGCCCAGGUCCUGAGACAGCUCACCAGUGACUACACUAUCGGGUUCGGCAAGUUUGUGGACAAAGUCAGCGUUCCCCAGACGGACAUGAGGCCUGAGAAGCUCAAGGAGCCCUGGCCCCACAGUGACCCCCCCUUCUCCUUCAAGAACGUCAUCAGCCUGACUCAAGAUGUGGAAGAGUUCCGGAGUAAACUGCAGGGAGAGCGGAUCUCAGGCAACCUGGAUGCUCCAGAAGGAGGCUUUGAUGCCAUCCUGCAGACAGCUGUGUGCACGAGGAACAUCGGCUGGCGCCCAGAGAGCACCCACCUGCUGGUGUUCUCCACCGAGUCGGCCUUCCACUACGAGUCCGAUGGCGCCAACGUGCUGGCGGGCAUCAUGAGGCGCAAUGACGAAGACUGCCACCUGGAUGCCUCAGGCACCUACACCCACUACAAGACGCAGGACUACCCAUCGGUGCCCACCCUGGUGCGCCUACUUGGCAAACACAACAUCAUCCCCAUCUUUGCCGUCACCAACCACUCCUACAGCUACUACGAGAAGCUGCACACAUACUUUCCCGUCUCCUCACUGGGCGUGCUGCAGGAGGACUCAUCCAACAUUGUGGAGCUGCUGCAGGAGGCCUUCGAGGCCAUUCGCUCCAACCUGGACAUCCGGGCGUUGGACAGCCCCCGAGGGGUGCGGACAGAGGUCACCUCCGAGAUGUUCCAAAAGACAAAGACUGGGUCCUUCCACAUCGAGCGUGGGAAAGUGGGCACAUACCACGUGCAGCUGCGAGCCGCUGAGGACGUGGAGGGGACCCACGUGUGCCAACUGUCAGAAGGUGACCAGAGAGGGAACGUCCACCUGAAGCCUUCCUUCUCUGACGGUCUCAAGAUGGACGUGGGCAUCAUCUGUGACAAGUGCACCUGCGAGCUGCAAAAAGAGAUACAGUCACCUUUCUGCACCUUCAACGGGGAUUUCAUGUGUGGACACUGUGUGUGCAAUGAGGGCUGGAGUGGCAAGACCUGCAACUGCUCCACCGGCUCGCUGAGCGACAAGCAGCCCUGUCUGCGGGAGGGGGAGACCGAGCCAUGCUCAGGCCAUGGCGAGUGCCAGUGUGGGCGCUGCGUGUGCUACGGCGAGGGCCGCUAUGAAGGCCAGUUCUGCGAGUUCGACAACUUCCAGUGCCCCCGCACCUCCGGCUUCCUCUGUAACGACCGGGGACACUGUACCAUGGGCCAGUGUGUGUGUGAGCCUGGCUGGACGGGACCAAGCUGCGACUGCCCCCUCAGCAAUGCCACCUGCACUGACAGCAAUGGGGGCAUCUGUAAUGGGCGUGGCCACUGCGAGUGUGGACGCUGCCACUGCAACCAGCAGUCGCUGUACACGGACACCACCUGCGAGAUCAAUUACUCGGCGAUCCGCCUGGGCCUCUGUGAGGAUCUGCGUUCCUGUGUGCAGUGCCAGGCCUGGGGCACUGGAGAGAAGAAGGGGCAUGCAUGUGAGGAGUGCAGCUUCAAGGUCAAGAUGGUGGAUGAGCUGAAGAAAGCGGAGGAGGUUGUGGAGUACUGCUCCUUCCGGGACGAGGAUGACGACUGCACCUACAGCUACACGGUGGAGGGCGACGGGGAGCCAGGGCCCAACAGCACCGUCCUGGUGCACAAGAAGAAGGACUGCCCUCCCGGCUCUUUCUGGUGGCUUAUCCCCCUACUCAUCUUCCUCCUGCUGCUCCUGGCGCUGCUGCUGCUGCUCUGCUGGAAGUACUGCGCCUGCUGCAAGGCCUGCCUGGCCCUGCUCCCUUGCUGCAACCAAGGCCACAUGGUGGGCUUCAAGGAAGACCACUACAUGCUGCGGGAGAACCUGAUGGCCUCCGACCACCUGGACACGCCCAUGCUGCGCAGCGGCAACCUCAAGGGGCGGGACACCGUCCGCUGGAAGAUCACCAACAACGUGCAGCGACCUGGCUUCGCCACCCGCUCGGCCAGCACCAACCCCACAGAGCUGGUGCCCUACGGGCUGUCCCUGCGCCUUGCCCGCCUCUGCACUGAGAACCUGCUGAAGCCUGACACCCGUGAGUGUGACCAGCUGCGCCAGGAGGUGGAGGAAAAUCUGAAUGAGGUGUACAGACAGGUCACAGGCGCCCAAAAGCUCCAGCAAACGACGUUCCGGCAGCAGCCCAAUGCCGGGAAAAAGCAGGACCAUACAAUUGUGGACACAGUGCUGAUGGCACCCCGCUCGGCCAAGCAGACCCUGCUGAGCCUGACGGAGAAGCAGGUAGAGCAGGGGGCCUUCCAUGAGCUCAAGGUGGCCCCUGGCUACUACACCCUCACUGCAGACCAGGAUGCCCGGGGCAUGGUGGAGUUCCAGGAGGGCGUGGAGCUGGUGGACGUGCGCGUGCCACUUUUCAUCCGGCCUGAGGAUGAUGACGAGAAGCAGCUGCUGGUGGAGGCCAUCGACGUGCCCUCCGGCACCGCCACCCUUGGCCGCCGCCUGGUCAACAUCACCGUCAUCAAGGAGCAAGCCAGUGGGGUGGUGUCCUUUGAGAAGCCCGAGUACUUCGUCAGCCGCGGAGAGCAGGUGGCCCGCAUUCCCAUCAUCCGGCGCAUCAUCGACAGUGGCAAGUCCCAAGUCUCCUACCGCACACAGGACAACACAGCACAUGGCAACCGGGACUACAUCCCCGUGGAGGGCGAGCUGCUAUUCCAUGCUGGGGAGACCUGGAAGGAGCUGCAGGUGAAGCUCCUGGAGCUGCAAGAGAUGGACUCCCUCCUUCGGGGCCGCCAGACCCGCCGCUUCCACAUCCACCUUAGCAACCCCAAGUUCGGGGCCCGCCUGGGCCAGCCCCACUCAGCCACUGUCGUCAUGGGGGACGGAGAUGAACUGGACCGGAGCUUAACCAGCCGGACUGUGUCAUCAACCCCGCUCCUCCGCGGUGACCCAGCGGCCCCACAGAACCCCAAUGCCAAGGCUGCCGGGUCCCGGAAGAUCCACUUCAACUGGCUGCCCCCUCCUGGCAAGCCGAUGGGAUACAAGGUGAAGUACUGGAUCCAGGGCGACUCCGAGGCUGAAGCCCAGAUGAUCGACAGCAAGGUGCCCUCUGUGGAGCUCACCAACCUGUACCCGUACUGCGACUACGAGAUGAAGGUGUGUGCCUACGGGCCGCAGGGCGAGAGCCCAUACAGCCCCCUUGUGACCUGCCGCACCCACCAGGAAGUACCCAGCGAGCCGGGGCGCCUGGCCUUCAAUGUAGUCUCCUCCACCGUGACCCAGCUGAGCUGGGCCGAGCCGGCUGAGACCAAUGGCGAGAUCACGGCCUACGAGGUCUGCUAUGGCCCAGUCAACGAGGACAAUCGACCCAUCGGGCCCAUGAAGAAGGUGCUGGUGGACAGCCCCAAGAGGCGGAUGCUGCUCAUUGAGAACCUGCGGGAGUCCCAACCAUAUCGUUACACGGUGAAGGCGCGCAAUGGGGCAGGCUGGGGGCCUGAGCGGGAGGCCUUCAUCAACCUGGCCACCCAGCCCAAGCGGCCCAUGUCCAUCCCUAUCAUCCCCGACAUCCCCAUCGUGGACGCCCAGAGUGGAGAAGACUACAACAGCUUCCUCAUGUACAGUGACGAGGUGCUGCGCUCCCCGGGCAGCAGCCAGAGGCCCAGCGUCUCCGACGACACUGAGCACCUGGUAAACGGGCGGAUGGACUUCCCGGGCAGCGCCAACUCCCUGCACAGGAUGACUGCAGCAAACGCCGCCUACGGCACCCACUUGAGCCCACACCUGCCCCACCGCGUGCUGAGCACGUCCUCCACCCUCACGCGGGACUACCACUCACUGACCCGCACAGAGCACUCACACUCACACUCCGCAACGCUGCCCAGGGACUACUCCACUCUCACCUCCCUCUCCUCCCACGGCCUCCCUCCCAUCUGGGAAGCUGGGAGGAGCAGGCUUCCGUUGUCCUGGGCCCUGGGGGCCCGGAGUCGGGCUCGGGUGAAGGUGCUGCCCCCCUCCGGGGACUCACGAGACUCUAUAAUCCUGGCAGGGCAGCCAGCAGCGCCCUCUUGGGGCCCAGACUCCCGCACGGCUGCGGGUGUGCCCGACACCCCCACCCGUCUGGUGUUCUCGGCCCUGGGACCCACAUCCCUGAAAGUGAGCUGGCAGGAGCCACAGUGUGAGCGAGCACUGCAGGGCUACAGUGUGGAGUACCAGCUGCUGAACGGUGGUGAGCUGCAUCGGCUCAACAUCCCCAACCCCAGCCAGACCUCGGUGCUCGUGGAGGACCUCCUGCCCAACCACUCCUACGUGUUCCGCGUGCGUGCCCAGAGCCAGGAGGGGUGGGGCCCGGAGCGCGAGGGCGUCAUCACCAUCGAGUCGCAGGUGCACCCACAGAGCCCACUCUGCCCCCUGCCAGGCUCCGCCUUCACCCUGAGCACCCCCAGUGCGCCGGGCCCCCUAGUGUUCACGGCCCUGAGCCCCGACUCGCUGCAGCUGAGCUGGGAGCGGCCUCGGCGGCCCCUUGGGGACAUCCUCGGCUACCUGGUGACCUGCGAGAUAGCCCACGGAGGAGGGCCAGCCACAACGUUUCUGGUGGAUGGAGACAGCCCCGAGAGCCGGCUGACAGUGCCGGGCCUCAGUGAGAACGUGCCCUACAAGUUCAAGGUGCAGGCCAAGACCACACAGGGCUUUGGCCCUGAGCGCGAAGGCAUCAUCACCAUCGAGUCCCAGGAUGGAGGCCCCUUCCCGCAGCUGGGCAGCCACCCUGGACUCUUGCAGCACUCACUUCCAGGGGAAUACAGCAGCGUCACCACAACCCACACCAGCACCACCGAGCCCCUCCUAGUGGAUGGGCUGACCUUGGGGUCUCAGCACCUGGAGAUGGGUGGUUCCCUCACCCGGCAUGUGACCCAGGAGUUUGUAAGCCGGACACUGACCACCAGUGGGACCCUCAGCACACAGGUGGACCACCAGUUCUACCAGACCUAAGUCCCCCAGCCCAGCCCACACCACCCCAGCAGUGCCCUAGAGCCUGGACCCCCACACCUGCCUCCUCUCCUCUGCCUCAGCUACUCUAACCCUAGGACUCCUGGGGGCCCAGCACCCCCCCCUCCACAUGCAGCUCACUCCCCAGGGUGAGCGCCUCAGUCACAGAGCAGGGGGCAGGCGUCCUCUGGGAGGCAUGAAGGGGGCAGAGGCCCUGGAAGCCCCCUUGGCUGCCCACCUCCCCACCGGCCCCAAAACCAUUUGUAACCAAAGAGCUGGACCCGCAUGCCAAGGACUCAGCCUCUGUCCUGCACUUAAUAAAAGAUUUAGCUAUUACUUGGCUCUGCCUUGUUCAUGCUUCUGGGGCCUGAGAGGUACCACCCCAAGUAGGGGACAGUUCUGACGCCCACCCUCUCUGAUACCCAAGCACACACCCACUGCUGGGGCAGGCAGGCU